AUGAAAAAGAAAUGUGAGAACAUCUGCACUGUUGCAGUGGUACAGCUUAAGAAGACGACACUUUAUUGCGCAAUAGACGAGUUUACAAAUGAAAUAGAGGAAAUAUACACAAAUAGAGAGAAGUUGACAGCAUUCUACGAACAGGUUGCAGAAAAAUACAAAUUGAAGUGUGAAUACGGGCUGCUAUUUGUGGAGAAGCUGGUGAUGUACAGCAUGUUCAACAAGUUCAGAGUCAACAGAGGUGAUGCAGAUGCAUUUGUGAAUGAGAAGAUUCUUUUAUACCAGUGGAUCAAGCCAAUUCACCUGAAAUUGGAUGGAGUUUAUGCACAAAAUGAGAAAUUAUCAAGAAGCAUAAAUGACUUCAUACGAAUUGCAAAGAGCAAUAUUCCAUCUGUAAAGACAUUCUACAUGAUGGUGGCAUUUGAGAACAUGUUCAGAAAGUUUGGAGAGGAUCUCGAGUAUGACAAGAUGCUAUCGAUUGUAAUAUUCUGCCUGAUUAAGACGAAAAUCAAGGAUCUGAGUCUCCAUAUCAGAUUCAUGAGAUUGUUCAGAAGAGAGUACUUUAGGCCAUGUGAUAAGGAAUGUGAUCAUGGAUUCAGCAUGAAUGUCAGAUGUGAUUGUUUGGUCUCCAAGAACUGGUGUGGCCAGGAUCUCUACUAUUUGACUACAUGUGAGGCUGCUCUUGAAUUCAUUGAGAGAAUGGAAUACUACGAUCUGAAUGUUGAGGUGGAUGAAUACAACAACAAGUUGUCCAAGAAGCUAGAGAAACUGCGUCUCAAGGAGACACCCAAUAAUUUGAGCUCCUUUUUCAAGCACUAA